AUGUCUCAUUCGUUAUUCUUUGAUUCACCAUCGAAUAGCUCUCCCAUCAAGAGUGUGCCUCCACUAAAUUCAGAGAAAGAAGUUGGUUCCAAAAAGCGAAGCUAUGGUACAUCUCCGAGUGGUGAUAGUGCGGUAAACUCGUCACCGAAUAAGAGGGUGUACUUACAGCAUAUGAGUCCUAAUGUGAGUAGGAAAACGAUCCAGUUCAACCAUAUCCCACCUACUCCUGUAGGAGAACUAAACAAAAGUGGGUUAGAGACUCCAUGGGAUGCCAAGCUCAUUCCAAGACCUAAACUCAAAGCACCUAUUUCCAAUCCAAGAUCGAAAUCAUCGUUGGUAUUAUCACGCAGCUCGCAUUCACCUAAACAUAAAUUGCGUCGUACCAAUUCAUUAAUAUCUACAGGAGGCUCCUCCAGCUCAUCUGAUAAUCAACAACAGUCGUCUACUACAUCAUCAGAUAGGUUUAUUCCUUCACGCCAUAACUCCACUUGCGGAAAAUUACAAACUGACACCACAAACCCCCAUCCUAAUGCAUCACCAGAAACCCAUAUUAAAGCUCAAACAUCAAAAAUAUACCAACAUCAUGUAGCUGAAGCAUGUGGCCUAGAAGUGAAUUCUAGAAUUUUGCAGUUUCAGCCAUUACCACCAGAAAGAAAAAAGCCAGUUAACUUAUUUAGCCAUAUUUCAACUGCCAACUCGUCAUCGAAGUUAGUAUUGAAUAGCUUUAUGAAUAAGUCAUUGCGACCAGCAGCGGCCUCAGCGCGGGCUAAAAAGAUUCCAACAGCUCCUGAAAGAGUGCUCGAUGCUCCGGGGUUGCUUGAUGACUUUUACUUGAAUUUGUUAGCAUGGUCUCUGACAAAUUUAUUGGCCAUUGGUUUAGAAGAUGCAGUAUAUGUUUGGAAUGCCUCCACAGGCUCAGUUGGGCUACUUUGUGAAUUACCAAACAAGACUAUAGUCACCUCUUUAAGAUGGUCGGAUGAUGGUUCAUACAUCUCGAUAGGAAAAGAUGACGGUCUUGUUGAAAUUUGGGAUAUCGAAACCAACUCAAAACUCAGAACCUUAAAUUGUGAUAACCAUCAAACAAGGAUUGCAUCCCAAGCUUGGUACCAGCAUAUUCUCACAAGCGGAUCCAGAAUGGGUAAUAUAUACCAUUCGGAUGUAAGAGUUGCCGACCACGUCGUGAACAAGCUUAAAGAUUCACACCUGGCCGAAGUAUGUGGAAUUGAAUACAAGGCCGAUGGCCAGCAGUUUUGUUCCGGUGGAAACGACAACUUAGUAUGCAUUUGGGACAUACGCCAAUGUCAUAACAAUACUUCCUCCCAACCUCUUUUCUCUAAACUGAGCCAUAGGGCAGCUGUAAAGGCAUUGCUGUGGUGCCCUUUCCAACUGUCCCUCUUAGCCACUGGUGGCGGAUCCUCGGACAAGACUAUCAACUUCUGGAACACAACGACUGGUGCCCGUGUGAACACCAUCGAGACAGGUUCCCAGAUAUCUUCCUUGAAUUGGGGUUAUGCAUCGGGAACAGGCAUGGAGAUUGUGGCCACUCAUGGCUUCCCUACAAACAAUAUCUCUUUGUUCAACUAUCCUACUUUACAGAAAACUGGAGAAAUAAUGGGUGCCCACGAUUCGAGAAUCCUAAGUGGAUGCUUAAGUCCCGAUUCCUUAACUCUAGCGACCGUUGCAGGUGAUGAAAACCUUAAGUUCUGGUCAUUAUUUGAUUUAUACAAAUCCAAUAGAAGAGACUACGAAAGAAUCGAUGCAGACGACGAACAAAGUGGUUUAAAUCAUUCUACGAAGCGAAUGACAAAAAUGAUGAACAUUCGAUAA